AUGAAGACAACCACUCUACUAUGCCUGGCCGCGGCCCUUACCCAGACCAAUGCAUUCCCACAACAAGGAGUACCGCACCCACUUCCCUGGUCCCCUCCAGGCCCUAACGACGUCCGCGCCCCCUGCCCAAUGCUCAACACCCUCGCCAACCACGGCUAUCUCCCCCACAACGGCAAGGACAUCACCGAGCAACACACCAUCAACGCCCUCUAUAACGCUCUAGGAAUCGACGAAGAACUCGCCAUAUACCUCCACCAAGAAGCAGUGACCACCAACCCCGCCCCCAACGCAACCACUUUCUCCUUGAAUGACUUAAGCCGUCAUGAUAUCCUCGAACAUGAUGCCAGCUUGAGCCGCCAAGACGCUUACUUCGGCGACAACCACGAUUUCAACCAGACCAUCUUCGACGAGACCCGCUCAUACUGGACUUCUCCCAUCAUCGACGUGAAGCAGGCUGCUCUGUCGCGCCAAGCGCGUGUUAACACCUCCAUGGCUACGAAUCCGAAUUAUACGAUGUCGGAGCUGGGCAACUCAUUUAGUUACGGGGAGACGGCGGCGUAUAUUAUUGUGCUGGGGGAUAAGGAGAAGGGGUUGGUGAAUCGGUCUAGGGUGGAGUAUCUUUUUGAGAAUGAGCGUCUUCCGCUGGAUCUGGGGUGGAGUCGUGCAAAGGAGAAUAUCACGUUUGAUGAUUUGAGCACCAUGUUGCAGAGGAUUAUUAAUGCGACGGGUGGUGAGAGUGAGUUUGAUAGGGAGUUGGCGAAGAGGGGUGGCGUGCAUGUUGGGAGUUGGAGGGGGUAG